GGAAUUCAAUGCAGCGGAAUUGAAACAUUUGAAACACUCUCAUAAAAUAACAUAUCACAGAAAAUUCAGUGACGAGCGAGACACAUGGAGUGGGACUAUGAUGACUAUGGCGACGCCGGCGACGCCGCGAUGAUGUACGACGACGCUGCCAUGUACGACGACGACGACAACGACGUGGAGGGCUACUUCCCGGAGGACGCAUACCUGAUGGAAGAGGAGUACUUACGCUACGCGAUACCGCACGACCCGCAUCAGGCACUCAAUUUCAGUGAGGUGUUGGACCAGUGUGUGAGGAGUUCCCUCACAGAUGCAUUUCGCUUCACAUUUCCCCUGAUUGGUCUCUGUCUCACCUUGUAUGUGAGCAGUCUAAUGGGUCAGGGUUUUGAUGCCUAUAUCCACAUAGUUGCCAUCGUGUGUGGCAUGAGUGGUCUCUACUAUUUCUUCCACUAUAACAUGGUGUACAUUGUGUUCCUGUCUGUGCUGGGCUACCUUGCGCUGGUGUUUGGUGACAGGUGGCUUCCUCAAGGACGAGGAAUUAGGGUGGCAGCCAUAUGCGCCCUCUACUUGAUCACGUGUGAGCUUUAUGUAGCAGAGGCAACGACGUGGCAUCAAGUCAGAGGAGCACAGAUGAUCAUGGUGAUGAAGCUUGUCUCACUAGCAUUCGACGUCGACCACGGCACUGUGGGGGCGCCGCCGGGCACACUUGAGUACGCCGGCUAUAUGUAUAACGCUGGCACGGUUGUGUUUGGUCCAUGGAUCAGUUUCCGCGAGUACAAGCGCAUCACCUGCGUCAUUUUUCCGAUUGGUCAGUUGGAGGCGUCCAAGAUCAUCCCAGAUCGGCAGUGCACUGUAGCACGAGAACGGAGAGGUGCGAUUUGUUGUUUUUAUGUCGGUCAUUGCAGGGAGAUGGCCGUGGCACGACCCUACCACGUAGAGCUCCCGCGUUCAUUAGUGGAAGUUGUCACCAACUGGAACGUGCCUAUGCAUAACUGGCUGAAAACCUAUGUGUUUAAGACGACUCGUCCGCUCGGCACCUUCGCAGCCGUGCUGCUUACCUAUGCUGCAAGCUCACUACUUCACGGUCUUAACUUUCAGCUAUCGGCUGUUCUAUUGUCGCUUGGUUUCUACUCCUAUAUCGAACAUGUUCUCAGGGAGAAACUAUCCAGGUACUUUGAUGCCUGUGUGCUUGCGCGAAAGUGCAAGCCGGAUUGCCGGCAUGCCAACAAGCAGCAGGAUCCACGGGUGUUUCUGGUCAAUCUUGGCUUCACGGUGAUCUCUGUGUGGCACCUUGCCUACCUUGGACUCAUGUUUGAUAGCAGUUCAGAGGUAGAGGAGAAGGUGAGUCAUAGUGACAAGUCGCUUGUAGUGUAGUUAGUAUGUUAUGCUUUACUUUCUGUAUUCGUUUACGAACACGUGAUCUAUGACACUAUUGUAUAUGCAACACGUGACGGUGGGAAUAAAACAUACGGGGUCUUUGAGCCUGUGUGAUGAACAGAAACAGACGUGUUUACUUGAGUGUUCAGAGGCAAGA